GGGGUCUAUAAAAUUUUAAUGUCAUAAAGCAACUACUUAAGCUUCAAUGUAGCAUAAGAGAGCGAUUUGCUCUUCUUACUCACUUCACAUUUUGCCAACAAAAUCUCAAAGACAUUCUUAAUGUUUGGUGAAAUGGAUAGAAAGCAAGAACAAGAAAAAGGUAACCUGAAUAAUAAUAAUAACAAUAAUAAUAAUAAUAAGUCUGGCAUUGAUGUUACUCUAAUAUCUGCCACCACCAAAGUUCCAAAAGCAGUUUCGCCGGUUUCCUCUGCUGCCGAGGGGGAAGCCUUAAGGCGGCCGCGUGGCAGGCCUGCCGGCUCCAAGAACAAGCCGAAGCCACCAAUAAUUGUGACAAGGGACAGUGCUAAUGCACUCAAGGCUCAUGCUAUGGAAGUAAGCUCUGGCUGUGAUGUGAAUGAGAGCUUGUUGAACUUUGCAAGGAGGAAGCAGAGAGGCCUCUGCAUACUAAGUGGAACUGGCUGUGUGACAAAUGUAACUCUGCGCCAACCGGCCUCAUCCGGCGCCAUUGUGACUCUUCACGGCCGAUUCGAGAUCCUCUCAUUGCUGGGGUCAAUCCUUCCCCCACCAGCACCACCAGGAAUCACUGGCCUCACCAUUUACUUGGCUGGUGCUCAGGGGCAAGUUGUAGGAGGUGCUGUUGUUGGUGCCUUGAUUGCCUCAGGACCUGUUGUGAUCAUGGCUGCAUCAUUCAUGCAUGCUACCUUCGAUCGCCUGCCAUUGGAAGACGAAGAACUCACGGCUGCAAUGCAGAAUCAGCAUUACCAAAACGGACGCACCACACAUCAUCUCGAUAUCUCAGACUUGUAUGCAAUGCCACAGAACCUUCUCACCAAUGGAACAAUGGCACCAGAGAUAUAUUCUUGGGCACCAGGGAGGAACUUGUCAAAAAGCUGAGACUUAGUAUACUAUUACUCAGUAAUUGUCUCAUAUCCAAACAAUAUACACUAUGGCUAAACAAUAUGAUAUGCUUAAUUCUGUUGUAUUAUUAAUUGUUUCAACAAAUCAAUGAGUUCUAUGAUUUGAAUA